AUGGGGGUGACAGGCAAAUAUGUAGGUCCUCCGGGGGUCCAAAUCAUAAUUGAUACUACCCCUGGUUAUGGACAUUUCGAUCGUAGUAUACCUUAUGCCGAACCCCCGGUCGGAAAGCUUAGGUUCGCUAAACCACAGCCUAUUAUAACGCCCAUAAAAAUGCGACUAAACCUAAAGAUUCAUGCAUUCAAUCCAAUGCACAUAUGGACAGCAAAUGUUGAAACCAAUAACCCAUCGAAAGAUGUAAAACUAAAACCAGUUAUGUUUUACAUACACGGAGGAGGUUUGAGUGGGGGCUCAGUAUUUAGUCAAGACAUAAGUGUUUUGGCCACCAAUGGUGUGGUGUUUGCCUCAACCAGCUAUAGAUUGGGUCAAUUAGGCUUUCUAUAUGGGGAUCGGGAGGACGCGCCCGGAAAUGUCGGUUUUCACGACCAGUUAUUGGCACUGAAAUGG